AUGCCUCGGGUUUUACUCCUUUUAGCUUUAGCCUUCGGGUAUGCUUUAUGCCACGUGUCACCUCCUAUGGUCAAUGGAAGACCCAGAGGAGGGCUGGUCGGUGGAGAUCCAGAUCCAGAAGGACCAACCACGGAGGAUCAGUAUAUGGUUUAUUCGAAUAUCACACAAUACGUCGAUCACUUUGCCAAUAAUACAAGUGCCACUUGGUUACAGAGAUACCAAUACAAUUCGAAAUUCUACAACAAAACAGUCGGAUAUGUGUUCUUGAUGCUUGGUGGAGAAGGAGCAAUUGACCCACCUGGAGAUAAAUGGGUGCGUCACGAAGGAGAAACCAUGAUGGUAUGGGCGAAGGAAUUCGGAGCAGCUGCAUUUCAAGUAGAGCAUCGAUUCUAUGGAUCAAAAGAAUUCUCACCACUUGGAGAUCAGACCACGGAGAGUCUGAAACUUUUGACAAUCGAUCAAGCACUUGCUGAUAUCAAAGAAUUCAUCAAUCAGAUGAAUAAAAUGUAUUUCCCAAAUGAUAAACCGAUUUGGAUAACAUUUGGAGGAUCAUAUCCUGGAUCUUUGUCUGCUUGGUUCAGAGAGACUUACCCGGAAAUGACUGCUGGAGCUGUUUCCUCUUCUUCGGCUGUUCAUGUAUUUGUGGAUUACUAUGGAUAUGCAAUUAAUACUGAAAAGACAUACCGAACUGUCAGUGCUCCUUGUGCCGAAGUCAUCAGGACAGCGUUCACGGAAAUACAAAAAAAAGCAUACAAUGGUUCAGAUGCAAGAGCUCUUCUCAAAGGAACUUUCAACUUAUGCGACGAUUUUGACGAGAACAAUCUAUCGAAAUCUGUUCAAUUCUUCUUCCAAAACAUCUAUGGAUACUUCCAAGGAAUCAAUCAAUACACUGGAGAUAAUAGAAACACUGCAACUCGAAAUGGUUUAGGAGUUCCAGGUGCCUGUGCUAUUCUCAACAAUGCUACAAUCGGAGAAGAAGUUGACAGAGUCGUUGCAGUGUUGAAUUGGUAUGAUUCAUUUUCCGGACCAUUAACUUGUAGACCUAACAGCUAUGAUGGAUUCGUUAAACAGUAUUCGAAUACAACCAUGCCCGAUGAUGAUACAAUUAGCACCCGUAGCUGGAUUUGGCAGACUUGCACCGAGCUUGGAUACUACCAGACCACUGAUGGAGGUAACAAAGGAAUCUUCGGAUCUAUUGUCCCAUUGGAUUUCUUCGCUGACCAAUGUAUAGAUCUUUUCGGUCCCGAAUACACACUUGAUAACACUUUCAAAUGGAUUGAUCAAGUGCGCACAAAAUACGGAGGAGCUGAUGCAUAUCGAGGAACCAAUGUCUGUUUCCCGAACGGAUCUUUCGAUCCAUGGCAGGAUUUGGGUCACAAGAUGAAUGUCACAAACAACAAUGUGGAUUCUUGGCUGAUCGAUGGAACUGCUCAUUGUGCUGAUAUGUAUCCGGCUAGAGAUUCGGAUAAGCAAUCAUUGAAGGAUGCAAGGCAACGAAUUCACGAUCAUUUGGCAAGAUGGCUUUCUGAUGCUCAGGCUAUCAGACAACAUUCUUCUGGUUCCACCAACUUCUCGAUGUUUACAAUCAUUCUUCUCGUCAUUGCCAAGAUCUUGUGUUAA